AUGACGACGGAGCCCACAGCAUAUGGCACCAGCUCCCUGGCGAGCGAUGAGCGUUUAAGUGCGCGUGCAACCCGGAGACGGUCCAUCCUCAAAUGGAGUCUCAUGGGGCUUGCCAUCUGUGCCGUAGUUGCCGUCCUUGCAGUCAUCGGGAUCGUUGCGCUGCCGGAAGAUGCCGCGGUAGCACCCGUUAAGACGACGGAGGCCACGCCGAGCUCCAAGGCUGCACCAGAUUUAGAUACCGAGGUGGCGUGCGUCCAGAGCUCAUACGUGGCUAAUGCGACCAACAUGAUGGAGCCCAUCACAGGCUUAAAGUGGACGCACGGCGCACAACCCAACGCCAAAUCUUUUAUUAUUGUGGAUGUGAACACCAAGUUCCAGGAGAUUAUGGGCUUUGGUGGAGCAUUUACCGAGGCUUCAGCGCUGCAGUUCUAUAAAUUGUCGAAGGAGAAGCAAGAAGAGUUGCUGACGCUCUACUUCGACAAGAACAAAGGCAGCGCGUACACUUUCGGACGCGUCCCCAUGGGCUCCUCGGACUUCUCGCCCAGCUCGUACAGUUUUGACGACGUGGUCGAUGAUAUGGACCUGGAACACUUUGAUAAAGAAGUAAAACACGACCAGGAGGCGCUCAUCCCAUUCAUUAAACGCGCACUGGACCGUCAACCGAAUUUGAAGCUCUUCCUGGCGCCGUGGAGUCCUCCAACGUGGAUGAAGCGUGGAUCGCUCAACUACGAGCCUAGUAUGCUCAACUCGGCCAAGCCUAUUGGACUAAAGGACGACGUUCGAGCGACCUGGGCGCAAUACUUUUCGGAAUUUAUCACUGCGUAUAAGAAGCACGGUAUCGAUUUCUGGGGCCUCACGCCUCAGAAUGAGCCGCAAGCGGAAGUUCCUUGGGAAUCGUGCAUGUACACAGCUGAGUAUCAGGCUGAGUUUAUUGGAAACUACCUAGGCCCCGUGCUGGAACGUGACCAUCCCGAUCUUGUCCUCAUGGUCUUCGAUCACAACCGCGGCAGUGUCCGUCAAUGGGCAGAAGAGAUUUACAACCACCCGACCGCUGCCCAGUACGUGGACGGUAUGGCUUUCCACUGGUACGAUGACGAACGCUACAUGGACGGAGUGGAGUACCACGAGCGCUUGAACGACACGUACUUCAUUGACCAGAACCGCUUCAUGUUGGCUACAGAGAGCUGCAACUGUCCUGAUGUGGGCCACGGAGAUCUUGCUUGGUUCCGUGCACAGCGUUAUGGCCAUGAUAUCAUGACGGAUCUCAACAAUUACGUGGCUGGCUGGGUCGACUGGAACUUGAUUCUGGACCACAAGGGAGGACCCAACCACUUGGCGAACAUGUGCGACGCUCCUAUCAUUCUGACGGAGGAUGAGAAGGACUUUUUCAUCCAGCCGAUGUAUUACUUCAUCCAGCACUUCUCCAAGUACAUUCCUGUUGGCUCUCGACGCGUUAAGACGCAAGUGGCCACUCGCUUUGCCCAGCCAGGUGACCCACAGCUCUCACGACAGAAAUGGCGACCGACUGACGAUGGCAAGUUGGCGGUCACUGGUACUGACUUCUGUAUUGAUCUCAAGGAGAUCCCGUGGCAAGGACACCAGGGCUUGUUGGUGGACUGCCGAUACACGCAGCAGCAUUGGACGUACGAGACCGACACUGGCCGCAUUCGUAUGGGCGACUACUGCAUCUCGUUGAACCACGGCUCCACGGAGGAUGGAGUGCGUAUCAGCACUGACUUGUUGGAAAUUCGACGCUGA